AAGAAGAGUUCGGCGCAUAUCUUAAAAUAUUAUCACUAUUAUUAUUACUAUUAUUAUUUUUAUUAUUACUAUUAUUGAAAUCCUAAUUAUUAUUAUUUUUUUAAUUCUCUCAUAACGAAUGAUUUUUUUUAAAACGCAAAGAAAAGACUUUUGUUAAAGACUCUUAAAGAUCUGGACUGCCUCUUCUAGAAAAAGCCUAUGGAAUUGUAGAAUUAGAAUCUGAACAACAGAUGUCACGAAAACAUUGCCCCACCAUGCUGACUGAGGAUCUGAACAAACGUCUUUAUCAAAUCCAAGCCAAACGACAGGUGUUGGAAAGACUUGAUGAAAAAGAAGAAAAUCAACACGAAGCAUUUCAGCAAGCGAGAAAGAGAAAUAAACAAAUUCUUUUAGAAUUAAAUUCUUCACAAGAAAAAUUAAGAUUAAUGGAAGAAAACAACAAACCAGCUACUAAGUUAAAAAUUAUGGAAACAAAUUACUGGUCAUUUGUGAAUGUAAUGAAACCGCUGUGGGAAAAUGAAAUCUUGACCAUUCAGAAGUAAGAAUGGAAACUGAUGGUUUGCACCACGAGGAAACCUAUUUGUAAUAGAUUUACCAAAUUUAUAUAUGUUACCUGUUAAAGAACAUAAAAAUAGAAAUACAAACUAUGUGGAAAACAAACACAGUUAAUCUAGUUCUGAAAUUUCAACCUGCCAUCUUUUUGUAUGCAUUUUAUACUCAUGCACACACACUUUUGCAUGCACACGCACGCACGCGCGCGUGCACACACACACACGCACACACAUUCAUACAGAGUAUUAGAGGUAUUUGAGGAUAUAGUAAUUCAGUAAGACAAUUCUAAUUUAGCAAAAACGAAAUGUAUUUAAUAAAAUUUCGUGGACAAGUUCUCUGUAAGCUUUCUUCUAAGAUUAUUCUGUGACUCCACCUUCAGCUGCGAUGAUUGUUUCAAUGCAGAACCAGAAUAGUUGACAAGCCUACACUGAAUAGCUUUUACUUCAACUGGAUAAUGACAGCCUUCAGUGGAGCUAUGGUAUUGUGAGCAUGUUGAUUAGUCUCCCUUUAAACAACACUCCAAACGUAGCAGUCCAUAGCAAGUUUGGAGUUACAUUAUCAUAAAAUUACUGAGACCCUGUGGAAAAAUAUGAUAUGACUUUCUUUACUCACCAUUCCUAAAGCCAUCACAAUUUCUACAAACUCUGAGGACAUCAGAAGCAUCUGUACAUAGCCAUCUCUCAUUUCUCUUGUUAGAUUUUGGGUCUUGAUGAACCAAAGCAUGUCAUGUUUGUGGAGGGGUUUUAAUCUUGGCAUGGAUCAAAUGGGUUUCUGUGUCUUUGCAGAAUUGGUCUCACCUCAAUACAAACGACUUGUAUUGAAUGUCCUCUGAUAGUCCACUCUGACACCAUAAGUUCUUUGGUGAUGGCCCUUCUUGAUGGGAUCCAUAUCAAUAAGGUUUUUAACCUGUUGGAUGAGUUGCUGUUUCCUGAUAGUUCAUUGAGAAUGAAGUGUAUCAAAGAGAGGGGAGAGACCCCUAAACAUUCUCACGAGAGGCUUCCAAUUCCAUCUGAACUUUGUUUACCAAAGAUCUUGCAACAUAUAAAUUGUUGUCAAUUAUCUAAACUGUUGUUUCUCUCUCUCUAUCUCAUACACACACACACACACACACACACAUGGAAACAAUGACUGCAUCUCUUUUCAUCUCUUAUGUUACCAUUUUAUCUAUCAUGGGGGUUUUCAUUGGCCUGAAGAAAGUAAUAUACUGAUAAUUAAGUGUCCUCAAAUACCCAUAUGUGCAUCUACAUGUUACCUUCACAAGACAGAUGACAUAAAUAGUGGCCAAAACUAUCUUAUCUCUGAAAUUGCAGCUUAUGAACUUUGUGUGUGUGGAUGCAUGUACAUCUGUAUUUACAAAUGAAAGUACAUACAUAUGUAUGUAUGAAUAUUAAGUAUGUGGCCUCUGUAUUGUAGCACUCCUAAUCUCCCUGCAAACAGCCUUAUGUAUAUAUAUAUAUAUAUAUAUAUAUAUAUAUAUAUAUAUAUAUAUAUAUAUAUAUAUAUGCACUAACAAGACAACUUCUACAUGGUAUCUCAAAAAUUAAAGAAACACUGACCAAUACUACCUCAAGUCAUUCUUUUAGUCUUGUGUUAUUUUGAGUGUUGCCAAGUGCCUCUCCUUGUAUAUUGUUAAAUUAUUAAUUUCUUCACUAAAUAAAUACUACAGAAGUUUGCACUUCUGAAAACCAAAUCAGUAUUUACAAUAAACUAUUGCUGGAAGCAUUUUUGUGGCUUAUUUGCUUCAAAUAUUUGUAAAAUGUUCCUUGACACUCAGCAGUUCCAUUACAGAUGGCAAGAAAUGAGUUGAAUUGUAUUCAUAGAAUAAAGUUAUUUUGAUGUUCA